AGAGCUAUAAAUCAAUAUGGAUUCUUAAACACCAUAAUGCACUCGAUCGUAUCUUGUUCUCAUAUUCUCAGCUUGAUAUUUGUCGAUAUCUAUAGUCAUGGAGGUCAUUUUUCAAAUUAUUUAUCUAUUGCUGAGCCCUGCCAUUUCUUUUGGAAACCAUGCAUUUGAAGUGUCUAUCCAGACAGACAAGUCUCUUCCGGUCAUCGGUGAAGACUUUACGAUGUUCUGUUGGUUCACACCGGAAUCAAGAAAUCGGCGAGUGGUCUGGACCAAGGGUGGCACUGUCGAGGUGGCCUCUCAUUUAUGUUUACCGUAUAGGGAUUGCAUUGUGUCAACCUAUCUUGACCCAGAGAAGUUCAGCUUGUCGGCUGAUAAUUCGAGUGGAAAUUUAACCAUUAGAAAUCUUGAUGAAAAUGAUAGCGAUAAUUAUACUUGCUCAUUAAGCAGCACAUACGGAAAUGAGAAACCUGGAAGCGGGAGCAUACAUGUAACGCCAUUUUCACCAGCUCCACCCUUGAGGAUUCGUAUAAUUGACGAAAGAUCGAGCCGUCCUUACUUUCACAACACGACUAUGACAGUAACAGCUGGACAGCAACUUAACAUUAUAUGUGAAGCAUACUGGGCAAGGCCUCCUGCAGUACUACAAUGGCAUAUACCCUACGAUGUAAUAUAUUUAUCCCGUGAUCAGAAUAAUACCAUACGAGACAACUACAACCUAUAUAUCUCCCAAAAAAUUGUAACAAUCAAACCUUCUAGGAAUGACCAAGGAAGGAUACUUAAGUGCACUGCAUCACAUCCAAAACUUCAAAAAAAUCUCCAGAUAUCUGUUCAUUUUAAUGUUCAUGUUCUACCAUCUAGCAUGCUGCUGUUGGUUCCUCGCGCUAAAGGCCACCAAGAACAUGGAACUUCGUCUACAAGUCUAUACAUUAAAGAAGAGUCAACCACUUCAGUCACUUGUAAAGCGAUUGGAUCAUUCCCAGCGACUGAAUUAGAAUGGUGUUUUCCUACUGGCAACAUUAGUAUUCUAAACAUCACAAAGACUCGUAGUGUUGUCUUAGAUGAUAAUGUGGUUGACUCUGAGACUUCCAUCACAAUACUACCAGGGAAGAAGGACCACGGACAGAACAUUCAAUGCAACGCAUAUAUUGAUGGCAAGUUUGUUGAUCAAGCGGUAGCGAGAUUGAUGGUGUACGGUGAGUUACGGUGUAUCUUGAAUAUGUUCUUCCAUUGCAAACGUAUACUUCACAAACUAAAACCCAAAACAGGCUGAUAAUUUGUUUGCCAAAUAUUUCAACAUCAUCAAAACUAAUAGCUUGUUAGUUCCUUUGCUGAGAUUUCAAAGGCCACGUUGGCUUUUUCAUUUAAGCUCAUAGGUUCAUUUGUACGUUAAAUAUAGUUGAGGAUAUGCUCGUCGGUACCGACCAAAUGCAUUAUUACACCAAGUUCUACCUAUCUUACAUUUCACUACUUUAUUUUGUUCACCUCAAGCCAUUCCGGAUUAUGUUAAACUGACGGUCCCAGAGGAUCUUCAAGCCAGUAUAAGAACCGAAAUAACCUGCACAGCUUUCAAUGGAUACCCUGCUCCUCUCAUCCACUGGUAUAUCGGGUCAAGAAACAUCACGUGCAAUUCAACUCUGAAGACAUCCAUCAACAGCACUUAUCGAUAUGAUGCUGAAAGCACUCUGAUCUUCAUACCAAAUAGCUUUGACCAUAGAAAACAUCUUCUUUGUCAGGCAGUUCAGCCUACAACACUCGUGGAACUCUCAAUGAAUGCAAGCAUGGUGUUGAACAUAUCAUGUGAGUAUUAAUAGUUAAAGCCUUAGUAAUAAAUUGUGAAAUGAAAUUUCAUGAAGAUUUGCAGAAUUGUGCAACUAUAAUUUUCACUUCAGAAUUACACAGGUAUUUAUGUAUAUUUCGACAUGCAUUGACAACGAAUUCUUUUUAGCUUUGGUCCCAAUAUUGGGGUGUGUUUUAAGGCCUAUAUGAUUUUGUCACUUGUCUCAAUGACAACAUAAUCCCAACCAUUUUCCUGAGAAAAAAAUAUUCCUCUUUUAUUUCAGCCAUCCCAAAUCAACCAUCAUGGCUCUUCGUAGACCAAAAUCAGACGACAUCUUCAACUCUCUUUGUUGCCUGGUAGCAUUUAUUAAGACCGGUUAAGGGUGCACAAAUGUUUGAUUUAUCAAU